UUCUUCCAUAUGCGUAUCGUACAUUUGAACUUUUCUUUAAACGUCAAUUAAAUAUUGAAAAUAUUGAUGAAAUUACUAAACUUCUUUAUGAAACAUCAAAUAAAAAAGUAUCAUUUGAAAAAUUUUCUCAAGAUUUUCAAAGUUAUGCUAAUAAUCAAGGUCAACAAGAUUAUUUAAAUGCAGAAAAUGAAGCUGAUCAAAAUAAUGUAUUUGGUGUACCGACAUUUAUUGUACGAAGUGAACCAUUUUUUGGAAAUGAUAGAAUUUUCAUGGGUAAAAAAGAGAUUAGAUUCACUUAA